AUGGGGUGGUUUGGAGGCACACCGUCGAAGGUUUCUGCCGUGUCAGAAUUGAAGGAAGCAGAUAAGCCUCAAGAUGUGCAACUACUUGAAGACUUGACGCCCAAAUUUGCCGAUCAAGAACCAACACACGCCAAACAGCCGACAAUAGUGGAUGCAUUUGAACGGAUUAAACUUUCAGACUUCACGUUCGAAAAUUACGUCAGCAUGCCAUGUUUUAGAGAAGCCAUGUUGACAGGGUUCCAGGCGAUGGGAGUGUUGGGAGUGGUGACGUUUCUCAUCCACAAGAACCCAGGAAAAUCUGCCAACUGGGGUGUUUGUGGCUUUUUCCUAGGCAGCGUUGUUGGUUGGGAACAAUGUCGCUCCAUUCGAAGAAGAUCUUUCCAAACAGUCGAGGCAGCCAAACAGGCAAACCAAGAGAAAAUGCGUAAGAAGCACGAACAUCUGGCUACGCAUGAUGACCUGUUGGAAAAGUUUAAUGAAGUUCAGUCCAAGAGAUAG